AUGGUUAACAGGGAGAAAGAGGAAUGCGCCGAACCUGAUGAGGAAAACGGGAAAAUUACAUGUACGGGGAGAAGGGAGAAUUGCACUGGGGAGUUUUCAGCCCAACCGAAUGAUAGCCAAGAGGAAGAAGGUUACGAGAAGAUGGGCACUCAGGAAGAUUAUAGCAACCAAAGUGCAAACGGUGACAUGUCAGCGAAUCGACACAUCGAUACAUGCGUUAUCGAACAUUGGGAUAUGAAAAAAGGAAGAACUACACAUGAGAAGGAGGAUGAAGAGGAGCGCGAUGGCGUGGACAGAGAAGGUAAUCGUAAAGCGGAUAGUAAUAUUCUCUGCGUUGAAAUCAAAGCCCAACGGAAGGAUGAAAACGCGUCUUCACCCGUGAGAGGCAUCAGCAAGUGGACAUCCUUCCAUUCGGGCGGGAAUUGCACAGGGGAGGAAGAAGGUGUGGUAGACGAAACGGAUCAAAUGAGCCACAGAAGCGAAGCUACCGAAGCAGUCCCCAAUUGGACCAAUGGCCGAAUGGACGAAUCUGACGAAAAAUUAAGGCCAAAUUCCACAUGCCCGACGGAGCACAUACAUCUGAGGAAUUACCACCAAAGUAGAGAAAAUGGUCACAUGCAUAACCAAGCGGAAGUGCAGGAGGACAGGUAUUGCAAAAUUGCUACCGACCCAUCAGUGAGCACUAGGGGAGUGGCGGUCAUAGGGUGGAACGACUCAAAUAAUCAUUCUGGUAAAAUUUGCAUUGACUUUGACGCAUGCAAAAAUAGAACUGAAAAAACGAAAGAAGAUAUAUCGAACGAAGGGAAGGAGGAAGGUGAAAUUAUGUGCGAAGGUGGAAACGAUAAGGAAGGUGCUGAAGGAAAUGAGAGAAAAGGCGAGUUAACAAUAGGGGAUAAAAUAGAAGCCACAAUAGAGACUAGGAUAGUGGCUAGUACCGAGCCCAGAAGCGGAACCCUGGGGGAAACCCCAAAUAUUGGCCAAAGUAUUAGUCAAAUGGACCAUUUAUAUCAUGCAAGCAGAAAGUUCACACAAAGUGCGUUCAGUAAUAAUAUGAACGAAUUAAAUGGCUCUUAUCCUUUAGGUAAUGAGGAAAUAAAUCAGAACGAUGUAAUUUUAGGGGGAAAGAAAUUUUCCGAAGAAGGUGCACUGCAAAGUACACGAGCAAGUGCACAGGAUAAUCCAAAUGAUCACUCCCAUAUGAAUGGAGCGGAAAAUUACCAAAUUGGCCAAAAUGUUCUGUUAGAAGGUAAGGCUAUUUCCGAUGAGGCAAGUAAUUACAGCAGAAGUAGUAGUGAAAAAGGUGGAAAUGGUGAAAAGGGGCACAGUAAUCAUCUCCCUAGUGAAUUAGAAGAACACGCCUCCAUUUUUGACGAGGAGAAUUGCGCAAACAGGUCCUUGACGGGUAGCGAAGAAGAGUGUAUAAGAGCUGGGCCCAGUGGAAAGUCGGGUGGAAGGGCGCGUGCAAAGGUGCAUAAAGAAUCGGAUGAGGAAUCGAUUGUACUUCUCGAUGCACACCCCGAUGAACAGUCGGAUUUUCAAGCCGAUCGAAAUGGAAGGAGAAAAGGAACAAAUCUCAGCGAAAAGGUAAAAAAUAAAAAAAGAAAUCAUAUAUUAAAUAUCAAUAGGAGGGGAAGUAAUACAAUAGGGAGAAGAACAAACUUAUCCGUUGAACAUCACCAUUACGGAUUGUUUUUUCAGUCCAAGGGAAAAUGUGCAACACCAAGUAUAGCAAUGUAUGAUGGAUUUGGAGCUGAAAAGAUUAGUCCUAACUUUAGUGGUCUUACACAGAAGGAGAAGAAGAAGAAUAGUGUGGAUAAGAAUGAUCAUGAUGAAUCGGAGGAAGAAGAAAAACAGUUUAUUCAACCUUCUGAUAGCAGUGAAACAAUGAAAGAUAAUUGCAAAAUGGACAAUAGCGACAUGAUAGAGUUUAUUGUAACAUCACAUGGUCGCAGAUCGUCAACAAUCGAAAGGGAGGAAGAAGCCGAGGUCAAUUUGGAUGUGUGUGCCAUUCAAAAUAAUUCCCAAGGAAAGGGCUAUUACGUUCCUAAAGAGGAACAGAAGCUUGAACAUUCUUCGGGAAAAAAUGGCGCAGAGAAGGAACACGCAAAUGGGAGGUUAUUACUUGAAGGGGCAUUUGUGAAUGAAGAUAUAAAUCAUGGAGGUGAAAAUUUUGUGAAGACGGAGGCAGAUGAACUGUCCUAUUUGAAGGACAAGAUCUCCGUUGGUGUUGAGAAUUUUGAGGAGGGCCCUUUUCAUAUGUCCCAUAUGAGGAGCAUUACGCAUGGCGAAAAUGAAAAGGGCAUGUCGAUGAGGCAGGGGACUCGGGUGAGCAUCACGGGGGAGGUAAGGCGAGUGACGAGGAUGAGUAGUUUCAAGAAGGCGCAGGAAAACAAAGGGAAAAACUUCACAAAUAGUAAUUAUCAAAAAUUAAUAGUAGGAAGAUAUUCAAGAGAGGGUGGUAACGCAAAGGGAAGGAACCAUCCGAAAAAGGCGUUAUCAAGUGAUACAAGUUUAUCAUCAGAUGGUGGUGAUCAUUGUGAUGAUGGGGAUGAUCAUGAUAGUCACCAUGAAGGUGGAGUGAUGGAUGGAGCUGCGAUCCGGAAAGAUUUCUCCUCCUUGCCCGUCCGUAACAGUAGACCACAGUGGAAAAAUGGAUCCCCAAUUGAUAGGUACAAGUGCGAUGGGAGCAUUAGGGGUGAAGGAAGCGACAUCGAUGAGCACUACAGGGUGGGGAGACCCUUUGGUGAAGGAAUAACGCCUGUGGAAAAGGAAGGAAUAAAAGAAUACCCCAACUUUUACAAAGAGACAUGUGAAGUUUUGAUCGAAAGUCAAAUAAUAAAUAAUAGCUCCUGCGAUAAAAUCGCUAGCAGGAGGAGGGAUUAUUACAACCAGGGUGUGCGGACCCAGUACAGUCUUAGGGAGAAUAGGAAAAGUAGGCAAGGCAAGCAGAGCAGUAUGAGCAAACCAUAUCAGCAUGGUCAACGAAAUGGGGCCAAUAGACCCAGUGAUGCUCCUUCUGUGGAUGUGAAUAGCAACUGCGGCAGGGGACAGGAGACGAAUCAGAUAAGAAAUGGAAGAAACUACCUGAACAGGGCAGAAGUAAAAAUGGAAAAUUUCAAACUGCAUAAUGGCAUGCAAAGAAGGAGUAAGAAUAGGGAAAACAACACCCUCGAGGAUGCAUUACACCAGUGGAAAAUGGAUGGAAGUGGUGGUGGUCACGUGGAUGAUAAGGGGAGAAAAAAUAUGUUCGUAGUGAAGGGAGGGCACAGAAUUAAGGAGUUGGACGGGACAUGGAAAAGUGACAAAUGGGUAAACGCAACGGGGCUGAUGAAAUUGGAGGGAACGCAGAGGCGAGAAAGGGAUGAAAGAAGCGAUCGGAGCGAAAGAAAUGAAAGAAGGAGGGCGCAUGAGGACAAUAAGAAUGAUAAUGGUAUUGAUGCUGAUGGAAACAGCGUGGGAAAAUUAGGCAGACGAAGAGAUGGAGUCGUGCCUGGAGAUGACCUGUCUGAUGGAGGUGGUUAUAAGGACAUGGGAGACGAAGGUACCAAUGGAGUUGCCAAUGGAGCGGAUAGUGAUGGUGCUUGUGAGGCUAAUGGAGAGGUUGCGGACGGAGAAGACGCGAGUCAUUUGUGCGAAAUUCAGAGACACGUCGACUACAUCAUGGAGAAUGACGAUAUCGACUUCUCCCGGAUCAGCGUGAAGCCGAGCAAGAAUUACGUUAAAAUAAACUUAUUUAUCGACCGGUACAUUGUGAGGUAUAAUGAACUGAAGAACAGCGAGCUACUGUUCUGCUUUGGGGAAUCCAGUGAAGAGGACGUGAGGACAAAGAAGAGGAUUUCCGUGAAAGAAGGAGAUGACGAUGGAGAUGAUAGUCAGAGCGAUGGAUUAAUCAUUAUAAGAAAAAAAAAUGGAGCUUCGUCAUUAAAGAAAAAAAAUAAGCAGCAGAAGAAUAGGAAAAUAAAUUACGAUGCCAUUGAUACGAUGUGGCAGCCCCACUUCCAUCCACAUAACAAGGAAUUUAGAGUAAGGUAUAGAUACAAAGGAAGUAUGAGACUGAAAACCAUUUCAUGUAAGCACUAUGGUUACAUAUCCAGUAAAAAAAUAUCCAUAUUGUUUCUGUUCAGAUGGCUACUCUGUGGUAAGUACAUCGCAGAAAAAACCAAAAGAUCAAGGUUAAGCAUUACAGAUAUUAAUGAUUGUAAUUUACCUGAACUUUUGUCAAAGAAGAGAAAUAAAAAUAAUUGGUAUAUGACUGAUGAUGAAUGUAAAGCUCUGGAAGAAGAAAGGAGCAAGGAAUUUUAUGACCAUGUACAUAAAAUAAAUAACUUUUUAAUGAGUAAUUAUAAGGAUGAUUCCUUUGUGAAUAAAUUGAAGGUGAUCAUCAACAGCGCGGACAAGCAGUUUAAGAAGGAGGAGGUAUUGAAUAUACUUAAUCAGUGCCUGCGGGAUAAGUUGACUAGCGAGCGGAACAAGGAAUCCCUCAUUCGGGGCGACGGCGCCAAGGAGAGCGACAGGGUUGUUCAACAGAACGGCCAACAGAACGGUCAACAGAACGGUCAACAGAUGGGUCGGUACAGUGGUAGCCUAAGCGGUACUACCACUGGUACCCUCAGCGCCCGAAGAGGCCAAGGACGUGAGCCCAGGAAAGGACAUUUGCUCCGCGCAAGCGCCUCUCAGGUUUACAGCAGAAAGAGGAAGUGGUCCUUCAACCCAGGUGUCCACCUAUACACGAAGGAGAGCAUGGAUGAUGGGAGCAUCAACCAUAGUAGCAGCGGAAGCAGUGAAGGGAGCACUGAUGGAGAUAGUCACCAAGGUAGUCACAGGAACAGUAGGAGCGUUGGCGACAGGAUGAGUAAGACCCCCUUUCCAGGCAACAGGAAGAGGCAGAAAGAUGAUAAGGAUGAUAAGGAUUCCAUGUGGACGGCAGGAUACAACAUACAGAAGGGAAUCCAUGCAGAGAGGGGAAAUAAUGGGGAUAUGCUUAACCAUGUCGGAGUUAACCGGAUUGGAGUGAACUAUGCGCCUGUCCAUUCCGCUGAAAAGGAAUUAAGCGAUGAGACUAAGGACAGGGGAGACCGUUCCAGAAAGAGGAACCCACAAUUGUGUAACGACAAAAUGGUAAUAGUGGAUCACGGUGUGCAUAUUGGCCACAUGGGUAAUUUAUAUGAGGGGUGUGACGAUCUUCCCGGGGUACACGGAAGGAGGGAGAAUUUCCAGGAGAACGAGAAUAUCACCCAUGACACCUUCACCAAUGUUAGUGGAAGAAACUUAGUUCAGGAGGGAAUGAGUGGGGAAAUCGGGCCGAUCCGAGGCGACUUGCUUCGUUCGCAUCCUCUAGGCAGUUGCCACCCAUCCUAUGCAGACCUGGAGAAGCUAUCCAAUACUGAAGAAAUAAGGGAUUAUCACAACUCCCUGAUAGAGCUGAAAAAAUCUCUGUACAUUCGAAGUGAGUACGGAGACAUAGAUGAGGAGGUGAGAUACUCAAACAUGAACGACCAUUUUAUAGAGCUCUUGAAUAAGGAAUCUCGCAGGAGCAAUAGCAGUAACAGUAGUAGCGGACACAGAAUAAAUUCCCCCAAUUCGACAUAUCGUGAGAAUACGAAGGAAUAUGAUGCGUUCUUAUUUGCCAUUUAUUAUGCCAACCGUGAAAAUACCGCACGGAUGGGUUCAAGCGCUAAAGGGGUAGGGGGUGAUAUAUCUCUCCAUAGUGAAGGGAUGACAACCUCUAACAGGAAGGUCUUACUUCCACCAGGUAUGAACGAUGAAGCGAAUACUCCAUCAGAGCAGAUGCAAAGAAUCAACCUUAACAUGGACCAAAGGAAUGCAGAAAUGGUAGACAAGGCCAGCUAUUCAUCUGUCUUACAUGAAAAUAAUUAUCUGAAUGGCUACCCUAAUUUGGAUAAUAUAAAUAGCUCUAAGAAAAUAAGUAACGUGUCUACGUGCCCGAGUUUGGGUAUGAGUAGGUCCUCCAUGGGGGGCAACAUACAGGAAGAUAAAAAAAAAAAUGUUUUGUCCUGUUCCAUGUCCAAAGAAAGGAAUAAAAUUGAGAAAGACUUCACGAUAGAGCAGAAAUUCGACUAUCUGAAGGAGGAGCAGUUAAAGAGGAAAUCCAUAAACAUGGUCGAGGCGAAAGAACUGUUUAAUUCUUGUGCAGAAAAGUACUCGCAGUUGAUUUUUUCGGAGAAAAGUGUAUUUUUGAACCAUGUGCAGGAGAACAAUGGUUAUGAAGAGGGGGGGCACACUGUGGAGGGAUCUUCCUCAGGGGUAAGCACCCAUGUGAAGCAGUUAGCCAAUGUGGAUGAUCAAGCAAAGCACCUUGAAUUGUUUUGCCUAGAGGAUGCGUCUAAUAACCCCUACAGGUUUAUGAACAAGCAGAAAAGCAUCUCGUCAGAUAAGUUUCCAAAACGUCGGAGCCACGUGUGCCCUGAUGAGAAGGAGGAUAGGAACAUUCCUGUGCGGGAAAAAGUCGUGUCGGAAAAUGAAAGGGGCGUGAGAUGCACCCACAAUCGUACAGAACAUGCAUGUGCGUAUCAGGGGGAUCCUCAACGGUUUUUGUCCUCCACCUCACAAGGUGGUAAUUUCGGGGAUGGUGUUUAUGCUCGAAGUAGAAAUAAAUCAACAGAGGAAGAUGCAAAACUCGGAGACGCAAAGCUGCAGGGAGAAUCACUUGGUAGUUUAAAAAAGGGGAACAUUCUUGGUGAUGGAGACAUGACGGAUAUAAUUGACAUUCUGGUGAAGAGUAAAUACCUGCGGGAGGGGAUGUAUGACAACUCCCUCAGUAGCAACGUGGAGUGCUUACACGAGCGGGACAGAAGUAAUUCACCCUGUUUGUAUUGUGCCUGCAUGGCUGGGUUGAAGUACAACCAGGUUGUGGAGGAUGCGAUGAAAGUGGGUAACCAGAAGGAUGAAAACAUCGACUGUGGCGAAGAUAACGUGGAAGAAAGGCAUCAUCCCCCUUGCGAAGGAGAGCAAAACAAUUUGUGCAAUUCGUCUUGUCGCUAUUGCAGCUUUUACACUAAAUUGUUAAACGUGUUAAGGCAAAAUAAGGGUGUCGACAGCAGGAACGGAUAUGGAAUGCAUAAAGAGUGCAACAAUGUAAAUGGACAAAUAGAGAAUUAUCUAAGUAACAUUGGUGGUUGCAGUGAGGAGAUAUUUAGUACGCAGAUGAGUGGUGACAAUAGCAUAUUUCCAGUCGAGUUGUGCAAUCGUAUUUUUAACUAUAUGGUGCAAAAGUUAGGAAGGGAGCAGGUCGUUCGUGGAUGUGCCAAGGACAUGGCACAUUGGGGUGAUCAACAUCACGGAGAAAUAGAAGAUGGCGCGAAGAAACGACUCAUAGAUGUCGUCGUACCGAGCGGUAGAACAAAGAGGAAGACGAAGAGGGAGAUGAUUAGUGAAUUUUUGGAGGAACUGCUUAGUUCGCUACCGAUGGACAAUCUAAAUAUGGAGUGCAAUACCAGUAUAUCGGAAUACGCCAAAGGGAUUAGAAGGAUGAAUCAAAAUGGAGAAGAUGAAAAUGGAGAAUUCGUCAACCAUUGGGGUGAAAAUUCCCAAAGGUAUGAUCAGAGCUGUGGACAGGAUCCCUAUGACGGAAUGUGGAACUUCUCUCGCAGAGUGGCCUCGAUGGAGGAAUUUGAUAGACCGGCCCUGCUCAACAUGCAAUACAGCAAAACAAGCGCACAAAGAAAAAAAGAGAGCAACCUGUUCGCCCGUCAAGCACAAACGAACGAAUUGCCCCCUCUUGGGGGAGAGCAGACGACCUUUAUAAUGAACCAAGAUAAUUUUGAUUUAAUAACAAAUUUUAUUAAAGAUGUUAAGGUGAACAACUACAGCACAUGUGGAAUGAUGGAGGACCACAGAACUUUCCACGACAGAGAACAUAGCAUCACAGAUCACAUUCUGCCUCACGAGAGCACCAACAAGGUUAGCCUAAGGAGGAAUAAAAAGCACAAGGGGCACGCUGAUGAGGGUAAUAAACACCGAGGGGAGGAAGGUGAAAUGGACAUGGAAAUGGAAAGCGAAAACGAAUACGAAAAUGGACUUGUAGGUGGAAUUGAAAGCGGAAGAAACGUCUUAGGCCUUUACAGAAGAAAUGGCCCCAAUGAAAAAAUGUUAAGAAUAAAAACUCGUGGAAAUUUGAACAACAUCUUUCUCGCCGACUCGAUAAAUAAUAACGUGUGA